CAGACAAACAUCAUAAAAAAGCGUGUAGUUUUUGUUAGCGAUCUGAAGAAUACAUGAUUAGAAAAAUAAUGCUCUAAACUAUUCCUUUUAAAGCAGCAAUUCAAAGUACCGGGAUUUGCAGUCUGCUUUUUGUCUCGUUCCUUGUGCCUUUGGAGAUGAAAUUCGUCCCUUUACUUUUCAUGUGGUACAAAGUCUUUCAUGCAGAUCGACACUUCCACGUCUGUCUCUUAGUUUCUUUUAUUUCGCAUCAUCCACACGAUCGCUUUAUUUUAAAUCACAGCCCAAGUUUAAAGCUUCAAUCAGUAUCCGUGAAAAAAAGGCAGACGAGCAAACCCGCUCUUGGCGCAUGGGACGCAAGUUUGCGACGCAGAGCGAGCAGCCGGCACAAUAAACCUGUUGUUAACCUUGCUGUGAAAAUAUGUUUGAAGAACAUUGGCAAUUGUUGUAUGCAAUGUAUUCAAGUAUAAAAUAAUGCCUUUUGUUGUGAAAACUUGAGCAAUGUGAGGGUACAAAAGUCCCCUGUGGCAUUUACUUGCUCCCUUUGUGAUGUUUGCGCUUUGGCGUCUCCACUUGGCGCAUUACCCAGACCCCUUUAAACGCGAUUGUUUCAUUCUUUCUAAUGACAUUUACCGGAUCACAACAUGCUGUUAAUUCGAUCAGAAAGCUUUACCCUUCUUAACAAUGCCAGAAUAAUUUCUCCCAAAGUUUGUUAAGUUGACCAAAAUUAGGCAAAUGAAUAGAGGUCUCCAGGCUACUCCUCUCGCAGGUGACAGCGAAUAAUGCACGUUAAGAGCAGCUGCAUUCCUCUUUAUUUCUCUCUUUCUUUCCCAGCAUUAUUAAAAUUUAGGCCGAUGCAACUAUUCAUUCAUUUCAAUAGACAUUUUCUUAUAGGAUAAUAGGCUACAAAUUGAGCCUCUCCAGAAAGAAUCCAGUGGUGGGUAACCCUCGUGUGCCAAAGACUGCUGGAGCCGCUGGCUUGGAGGAAGGCGAAGCUCGUGUGCCAGCCCCAAUCCCACACCUGCCGAGGUCCCGGACAAAUAAAGGACAUAAACAAAAAGCUUGCCAUCUCUCAUAAAAGAUGGACGUGUCACCAAGUCGUGUGAGAAACCCUGAGAACAAACGGGGGGACUCCAUCUCCAAAAGAUCUCCCUUGAACUUGGCGGAACAGCCUAUUAAAGGCUUACUUAAUUACUUUAAUGACUCUGGACAGGCCUUAAAAACCCGAAAGGGUUUGGCUGGAAGUUAAGAUCGCUUGCUGGGAUUUGUAAACAGGCGAUCGUGUGAGAAACGCGAGGUGGAAUAAAGACGGUUUCUUUAUUUGUGGCGGAGCUUUGUUUUCUUGCGCACAGUGCGCUCUGAAGGAUCAGGGCCGACUCGAGGCUCAGUUCACAUUUCCCGCCUGGGUUGUUACUAUGCAAAUAAUAUUCUAACGCCGAUCACGUGUCCUUUGAAGAGCCACGUGGAUUAACAAAGCAUUUCUGCCCCCUGCUAGCCCGUGGCUUCACUUUUUUUUUUUUUUUUUUACCAUUUCUUUAACUGAUCCUAAACGCACACAUAUCCCCAAAGCCCUCCUCUCUAAUCCCACUGAAUAAUCUCUGCUAUGAAUGCACGAUACCCUUAAAUGAUCGCUUUAUAAGCAAACUCGUUUCAUGCCGAGCCCCUCAGUGCAGCUUGCCCACCUUUGGGGUAGCGCAUCCAAACUCGCAGACCACUGGCACCCCACAUUACGGACUCGAUUUCAGUUGUCUUGCUUCCUACCCGAAUGAUGUCCACCAAGAUGAAGGAGCGCAAGGUAAAGAAAUGAUGCAUGUGUUCAAAUGUCCAGUGAUGCGAACUCGAAUUACGUUUACAAAGUAAGGAAGUCGACGGUACAACAUGUUACCUCAACUGAUCCCCAUUGGCAGUCUCGUACAAAUGGUAUAGUGCAAUAUGUAAACGUUCCCGAAAAGCAUCCUUUAAACCACUUGGUUACAACUUUGCCAAACUAUUCGUUUUGAUAUUUGACUGUACAAUUUUAGAUUGUUGUCAACCUCUUGUGUGUAUAUUAAUAUUCAAAGUAUGUAUAUAAAAUUAUUUCUGAAAUGAGUUCUACUGCUGGACAGUUUUCAAACAGUAUCCGUUUAAAAGAUCGCGACUAGUCUAGACGAAGCUUCUUUUCUGUCCUGGGUUGCGCCUUAGGCAAGCAGAUCUGCGUAGCGCAUGACCAUCAUUUGAAUGGCAACAGAUCCUUACGGCUAUGAGUAGAAUAUCAAAAUAAAUACGUAAAUAAAUAUAAUAUCUAUAUCAGCCUGGCAAUCCAAUUACGUUGAACUGUUAAUUUUCAUAUUUACAGGUGAAAUAUAACAUCCAUAAUUAUAAAUUGCCAAGUCGCCUCUGACUGAAUUUUUUUCGCAUUUUUAUUGUAUCUCACAGAAGACUCCAGUUUCUCAUAAGGUCAUUGAGAAAAGAAGAAGAGACCGCAUUAACCGAUGCUUAAAUGAGCUUGGCAAAACCGUGCCUAUGGCCCUGGCAAAACAGAGCUCCGGCAAACUGGAGAAAGCCGAAAUCCUGGAGAUGACAGUUCAGUAUCUCAGGGCAUUGCAUUCUUCGGAUUUUCCACGUGGCAGAGAUAAAGGAGAGCUCUUGGCAGAAUUUGCCAACUAUUUUCACUACGGCUAUCAUGAAUGCAUGAAAAACCUGGUACACUACUUAACCACGGUGGAGAGGAUGGAGACGAAGGACACUAAGUACGCCCGCAUCCUGGCAUUCCUGCAGUCAAAGUCGCACUUUGUAACGGAACCAUUGUUCAGCUCCCUCGCUGCCCUGCCGGAUCCCACCAAGUACAUGUGCCAGCUGCACUCCACUUCGGACUUUCAGACUCACAGCACCAGUGACUCAAUUUUUCCACAAAGCCACGGACAUUUCUCUUGGCACAACACUAGCAGGAGCCCGGCCCUUGCGUACUUACCAAAUGCAGUCGUGCCACAGGUGCAGCAGCAACAGCAGCAGACUGGGACCUGGUUGUCACCGGUCCAGGGGCUCGAGCAGCACUACUUAAACCUGCUGGGACAUUCGCAUGGCCCCGCAUUCAGCCUGCACAGUGCGCAGCACGCUGCCAUGUGAUCAGCUUGGACUUCGGCCAUAUUUAUGAGCACCCACUUAGGUUCUAGCUCUUGGCUAAGGACAAUGUAAAAUAGUGCGUUUAAAAAUUAAAGUAAAUUCUGCUUAAAUUAAAAAGUUCCAACGUCACGUAGCAUCUU